UCAAAAUGAAAGGCAGCAUUGUCCUUGGAUUUUUGUGCACAAUUGUCUGUGAAGUGGCGGCACUCUCUUGCUACUUCUGCGAACCUGAUAUCACCCAGAAAUGCAACAACAGCGUGCCCUGCACAGGAACAUGUGCCAGUGUAACUGAGGCAUUGUAUAAAGUAGGCAUUACAGAAUUAGUGACCAAUUCAAAGUGCUGCCUCCAGACGGAUCACUGCAUCUCUGGCUCGAUAAACCUUGGAGUUCUUAAGAGGACAUUCAAUGUCCAAUGCUGUGGAAACAACCAUUGCAAUACUCGAAGCAUUCCAGAGUUUAACACAGAUAAUACUCCCAAUGGGAAAAAGUGUUACACAUGUGAUGACAAUGACUGCACAAAAACGAUGUCUUGUGUUGGAGAUGAGGACCGUUGCAUUAAAACAACAAUUGGGUCAGAAGAGCACGAAAUGAUUAUGAAAGGAUGUGCCUCCAGCAGUAUCUGCAAUGACAGCGCAACUGGUCUGAUAGGCGCUGAGAUGGAGUGCUGUGAGGGGAACCUGUGCAACAGCCCCAAGGGUCUGAAGGGACAGAUUGCCCUUAUCCUGCUGGGGUCUCUCCUCUCUGUUGUGAUCGUCAUUCUGAGUGGUGUGCUUUUAGGACUUCAUCUCAGAUCACAGGCCAAGUGUAACUACUGUUCCACAAGCUCCAUAGCAAUGUCUGACAUAGAUAAUGUCUGACAUGAAUAUUUGCUCAUACUUUAUUUUGUUAA